AUGCCAGCGCAACAGAGCUACAUGGAGACGCACCCUGAGUUUGUUAAACCCAAGCUCCCAUACAUUGCCGGCGCCAGUAUAAACAUCCGUGCCCACAAGCCAACAUAUCCACCUCCUCGAAGCAGCGUGUCCAUUGAGGACGAGAUCAAAGAAUGGGAGAGUUCCAGCCCCCUGGCUCGCUGCUUGAAGCACCCUCCCACAAAGGGAACCGAAGGAAACGACAAUUACGACCUUCAUAUCGAAAGUGCCCUGCAUGCCAGAGAUGGAAGCCGAGCGCAAGUCGUGCGUGCGAAAGUGAAGCGACACAGCGGCGACAACAGCGUGCACAGCGUUUCGGCUCCUCCAGAAGACGAGUCCAUAGUGGCCAAGUUCUACGACCCUCUCUACGCGGACCACGACGAGGUCGGGUCCUACAUCUUCAAUCUCGCCGAAUCAACUUAUGCGACCGAGGCUACGGCGUAUGCCAAAGUAUCGAAGGUGCAGGGCCAGUUCGUCCCCAAAUUCUACGGCUCCUUCACUUGCUCUUUCCCCGCGUCAGAAGGCAAGACGCGCCAGGUCAGGCUGAUUCUGAUGGAAUUCGUAGAGGGGGAGGUGAUGUAUAAGCUCGAUCCUAACGCGCUGAGCGUGCGGCAGAAACAGGAUAUCAUGAAGGGUGUCAUAGAUGCUGAGACGGCGGUCUUCAAGGAGGAUGUGAUGAUGAAUGAUGUGGCGCCCCGCAACAUAUUGAUUCUUCCCGAAAGCCACGAUAAGAAGGAAGGGGCAGGCCCGGCUUCACGCACAUGUCGGGUGGUGUUGAUAGACUUCGACAACGCGUAUCUGGCUCGUCAAAGUCCGAGGAUGAUUGCAGAGUACGGCGAGCAGCGAUAUUUUCCGGGGCAGUAUAUCUCGCCGUUGUUGCGCUGGGCAGAAUACACGGGAUUAUCGGAGUUUGAUGAUUGGAUCGACUGGGAUUGGAAGGAGUGGAUUGGGGAGCUGUACGCCGCGGAUAAGUCUCAUGUCACUGAUGGGAUGAAAGAGGUUUGGAGACGUGGGGUCGCGUAG